GUUGGUUUUAUCGUUUCUCAGCAGGCGUUUAGAGUUCUCGAGGGGAGUUUUCUUACAAAGCCGCUCUGUUUUCGCCUCUCUGAAGACGACGCCUGCGAUUGGCCGCGCGUCACGUGACCUCACAGCUGAUUUCGUUGGAUGAAGUGUUUUGCUUUUGUAGCCAUUUCUGGUUAGCAAUCCCGUAGGGUAGCGUAGCAGUCAUUGUUGUGACUUUUUAACGGCGCUACUAUGGCACAGGCGGCACAGGCUAAUGCCUUUGAUGCAAACAACUCUCCAAUCCGGGUGGAACACGAUAAGAAGCGUCGGCAGUUUGUCAUAAGGCUGAAUGGAUCCCAUGAUCGUGCGGUCCUUCUGUACGAGUAUGUUGGAAAAAAGACGGUGGACCUGCAGCACACCGAAGUUCCAGAUGCUUAUAGAGGGAGAGGAAUCGCCAAACACCUUGCCAAAGCAGCCAUGGAUUUUGUGGUGGAAGAGGACCUGAAAGCUCACCUGACCUGCUGGUACAUUCAGAAAUACGUGAAAGAGAAUCCUCAGCCUCAAUACUUUGAACAUAUUUACCAAUGAUCCUGCAUGGCGGUGAAGGAAGGUGGCAAAAUGGACUCCAAGGAGAGAAAUACUGCGUGGCGGCAUGCUUUGGAGUUACAGGAGAACACGCGACAAAGGACCUUCUAGGCAUGGUUAAACACAACACUGACUGAAUCCAGAGAAAUAGCUGAAUCUCGAACCAUAGACGCCUGUGAGCUGAACGUUUGAUCAACCGAUAAGACAGCUCUCUGCAUAAACAUGAGGAUACACACUGGCCACAGGCAGGAGGGGAAUCAGCCUAUCACGACUUGUACAAACAAAGCAACCAAAGGUGAAGCCUGUUACCUCAGACAGAAACUUCCAGGACCCAACACUGACAGAGCAGAUUUGAGUCAAAUGUUACAGUGUGUUGCAGAUUUCUGUCCUCAACUGGACUCACUGGUCAUGAGCAGCAGUACGAGGUGACCACCCCUGGUGUUUUUGUCUUUGACUCCACUGAUGCUCAAAUACUCGUGUCUUUUUUGUUUUAUGUAAAUUGCAACCUCUCUUUUUCAUUUUUUUUCCUAUUCUUUGCAAAUAAUUCAAUUUAACCCCUUCUUCUCAAGUUUUUAGAAAAUAUGUUUCUCAGAACUGAUAUGCUAGUGUAGAAGGUUUUGUAUGCAAAAAGGCUUAAAAACAACAACACAAAUCUAAAUUUUUUUUGUAAGUGACAAAGUGGGAAAGCCGAAUCUGAAUUUUACCAAUAUUCCUCCCCACAGAGCCUUGUUAUAAACAUCACUCCAUCUACUUUCAUUCCUCUUCCACAUAACAAAAAUGAAGUUAUUCCAGUCAUAUAUCAAUUCGCCGAGCGAUCAAAGGUGUAGAAAACGGUGACGAUGUCUGCCUCAAGAUAACUCUCGCUGUUUCCAUUGUACAUUAAAUGUUACAGGCAUUGCUGAUAAACGGGGUCCUGGUGUGGUGUGACACAUCAGCGUGUGUAUGUAUAGAUGUCUCUGUUCGAACCAGCAACAAAAACAGCACUGUUCUUUUCAGGGCAUUCACAUUUUUGUGGUGUCAGACGGCCCUUUGUCCUGUCAUUGAGGAAAUGCACUGGGUGGCUGUGGCUGUUUUGUUAUUUGAUCCAUAUUUCCUCUUACCCACAAGGCUUUUCUGCCCAGCUGAUAUCAAAAUGAUAAAGAUCUCUGUUAAAAAUAAAAAUAAAAUAUCCCCCCCCCCCCCCUUUUUUUUUGUACUCUUUCAAGAGGUUUUGCUGUUGACAAUCUUAAGUGUUGAGGAGAAAAAUAUACCUCAGGUAACUCGGCACACUCUGGCAGGACAAUGCAGAUUCUUUCUGCUGUGCUCACCUCGAGUUAAUUGCAGGAAUUUCCCUUUUGUUAAACUUCCCCUUGGGUGGAACACACCUAAGGAUAGGCCAAGGUAUUCGAGGUAUUAUUUCAUUCUGUGUAUGUGUGUUUUGUCUAAAUUUGUGUGUUUCCUUGGAAGGAAGCAAAUGUCUCAUUUGAGCGAGUGGCUCUCACAGAGGCAUCAAAAUCCAAACCUUAUUACACUGUUUUGUGAUUUGGACUUUUUUUUCUGUACUUGCUGUCAAUAAAUGCAUAAAUAAAUCAAAUACACAUCA